GCGGCGCUGCUGACCGUCUGUUCGAAGGAUUGUUUACAUUGUUUACUGGUUUUCCAAAAAAUUGAGAUAUUAAUAUUUCUAUGUCUCUCUCUAAAGGAGACCACAGCAGCGGUACUGGACAUUAGUAGUUAUCGCCACGCUAACAUGGCAAGCUGGACCCCCAACAGUUCAAUUGCAUGAGAUAGAAAAACAAAACGAAAUAAUUAAACGAUCAUGAUUAUAUAUAUAUUAUCACUAGCAGGCGUGGCAUUGGGUGCUUAUUUAUUGUCAUGGCUUAGAUGCCAUUCUAAAGCAUUAAAAUACGACAGCCAAGCUAGGGUGGAUGGUAAAACCGUACUAAUUACAGGUGCUUCUUCGGGGAUCGGAAAGGCAACGGCUGAACACCUCCUCUCGCGAGGAGCCAGAGUCAUCUUAGCAUGCCGUAACUUAACGAAGACGAAGACGGCAGUCGAUGAAAUACUUUCCUCAACUGGUGUUGAUGGGAAAAUGGUCAGUAUUGUCCAUUUGGAUCUAUCUGACCUGGACAGUGUCCGAAAAUGUGCGAAAGAGGUUAUAGAUACAGAAAAGCAACUUGAUGUCCUGAUCAACAAUGCAGGCGCUAACUCAGAGAAGGGGAAGACAACAAAACAGGGACACAACUUUAUUUUUGGUGCCAACUACAUUGGACCAUUCCUUCUGACCUACAUGCUUUUGGAUUUGCUUAAGAAAUCUGCGCCAAGCCGCAUAAUUAAUGUAAGCUCUUUAAUGCAUGCUUCAGUAAGAGAAUCAGAGAUUUCUUUUCAUCCAAAUAAUUCAUCGUCCUCACCUCGUGUUGAAUUUCCGAACUGGAAAGACUAUGCAUUUAGUAAACUUGCUCAGAUCUGGCAAACAAAUGUCCUGGCUGAGAAGCUAUCUGCAGACAAUGUAACAGCCAAUAGCAUGAAUCCUGGUUAUGUUUAUUCUGGUAUAUGGUAUGUUGGCGACUGUUCCAUGUUUAGAAAAAUAUUUUUCCGUAGUUUAGGUUGGGCAUCCUCAAAAAUUGGUCGUACGUCCAAGGAUGCAGCGUUAACUGUUGUAUACAUGGCUGUUGAUCCAAGUUUGGAGAAGGUCAGUGGCUGUUAUUUCGAAAAUGUUGAGAUUUCAAAGAAUAUGUCUGCAUGUGCUAAGAAUAAAACUUUGGCCCAGAAAAUGUGGGAUGUUUCUAUGGAUAUGUGCGGACUUUCAAAAAAAUUUGAAUAAAAUUACUUAGAGAUAUGAAUUGAGACUUUUCCAGGUAAAACUUAACCUUCUAGUCCUACCACCAGGUAAUAAAAGAUCAGAUCACAAAACGAACUGUGAUUUAAUAUUGUCUGAAUAAGAUGAUCAGAAAGAUUGAAAAUCCAACUCCAACUUGUUUGUGAAAAAUGAUGCCAAUCAAAAGCUGUGCACACCUGAUGCCUGCCGGCUUCAAAGGUUCAUCAGCAGUGAAUGACCACCGAUGACCCCUCUAACCUACUGGUCUCUGGUAUACUGUUAUGUAUGAAAUUUCCAAAAAAUUUGAAUAAAAUUAUUUAGAGAUCCGAUUUAAAUAAAUAAAAGAAAGGACAAAGAUCCAAAUCUCUAUUU